AUGUUUAGUUUGCUUAAAAAUUUGAAAUUUUAUGGUUCAACAUAUUUGGAUACUUGCCCUAAUGAUAUAAUCAUAUUUUAAAAAGAAGUGGAAAAUGUAUUCUAUUUAAGCAAAAUAAAUGCUGCAACUAAUACGCAAUUACAUAAUCGAUAUAAAAUUAAAAGUAUUUACACAGUAUAACAAAAAUGGUCAAUUAAAUGCUAGUGAAACAAUAAAUCUUAUUUAAAAAGGUGAUUUCGAUUGAUAUUUGCAAAAGUAGAGAUUUUUUCAAAGCAUUUUGUUAUUCUUACAUAUUUAUUGAGCAUAGAAUUACUUAUGAUGAUGAUGUAAUUCAUUAUUAAGAAUCCAUUACUAUAAAUUCUGGGUUUGUAAUAGAAUACUUGUUAUAAACAAUUGAUUUAUUAUAGAGAGAGUUUGGAAAAUAGUUAAAACUUAAAAUCUAUAUGUAUUCUUAUAUGAAUUUAAAUAGAGUUUUUGAAUAUCUAUUAAAAAAUGAAUGGUCGAGAUUAAGAAGAUUAAGGAGAGAGAGCAAAAAAAUAUUUAUUGAAUGA